AUGCCAUUCAAUGUGCAAAUAUGGCUUCUAUUGAAACUUUUAAUUUUACUCAAAUUUUCAUCACUCUGGCUGAUACAAGCCCAAACUCCAAUCGACGCGAGCUAUCAAAUCGUUUUGCGAGGAGCCGAUUUUCAGUUAAAAGCCACACUCAAUUUUACGAAAACGAAUUUUACGCUCGAUGUCGAUCGAGAUCCCACCAAUAAGCACGAUUACCCGUUUUAUCUAAACGAGACCACUUGUCCUCCAAAAUGUGAGGGUCAACUCAUCGGGAAUAGCAGUAUCCAAGUGCAACAUCCCUACUUUGACAUUGUGCAAUUGAGUGGAUUCACUAAUGAGAAGUAUCAUUUCUCGAUACAGGGCUGUUACCAAGAGAUUGGCUUAGACGACGCUGUUUGCUAUACCCGACAUUUUGGUGGUCUCCAUCCACCAAUGACUGUCUGCAUUUGUGGACUACUGAGAGAUGAUUGUGACGGUGCAAUGAAUCCAAAAAAGUCAAGAGCUGAAUGUCCCGAGAUGCCGUAUAGUAAAGAAGAAGUACCCGGUGAUGAUAGUGGCAUUCACACAUACACGAUUUGCCUUGAUCAACCGACGCCACGAGUGCAUGUCUUCAAUGAAAUGAUUCUCGCCGUCGAUGAAAACGUUUGGAGCUAUGGAUUGUUGAAUUUGCGCAAUGAAAGCACGACCGAACUGAGAACAAACGACGGGGGAACUUGUACUGAUUACUGUGAGCAAAAUGAAGGACAACAAGAUACAAUGAGCAUUUUAUUGGGGAAACAGAAUGUUCUUGAUCUUAUCUUUGAUUCAAAAAUACAAGAUUGGAAGUUCACGAUUUUCAACGAUCCGGCAAUAACCGUGAUUACCUCAAAAUGUGUCACAUUGCCAUUGUGUGAUCGGGGAAUGGUGGUCGAAGUUUGCUCGCUUGAUAAGAGUAGUGGGACUUGUGAAUACGACUCGGGUAUGUGGUAUGUUUUAUCG